AGGAACCGCGGAAAUACCGUACAAUCGAUAUACAGAUCGAGGAUGACCCGAGGAGUGCAUAGCGGGAAGUACGUCGCCUCCUUGUCCAUGGACGUGCAUCACAUACCAAUGACAACUCGGUUGAGGCGUCACGGCGUGACUUACUUACACGACACGACAGCACCGACGAGAGCUGGCUUGCGACCGCGUGCGCGCCUAGCCGGCUCGUCACGCAAUUAAUACUCCCGCAGAGAGCCGCUCGUUUACAUAUGUGCGAUCGCGAAUGUGGAGGUGUGCGACGCCGAGGACGACCUGGAACCGUUACAAGUCUUUUCGAGACCAGUCUCGUUCGAACGACCGUCCGCGUACUUCGAGACCGAUCGCGAAAUCCGACGACGACGAAUCUUACGGUGCGUUGGAAAAUUUCCCAGAAAGACGGUAUAAAGUACUUCUGUUUCUUUUUCCACUUUUUCUUUUCUCUCUCUUCUCUCUCUUGGACGUUUGAGUGUAGUCUUAGGAUUGAAAUAAUCAGUUUCUCAUCCGUCGCACACCUUCAGCAACUUCUCAAGGGUAACGCGAUACAUCCCGGAUUGAGUCCGACGAUUGGUGGUAUGCCACAGAGCAUAGUGGGUUUUGUUAUCCCUUGCAAAGCGCGCAUUUGAAGAGGUGGUAAUUGCUUUCGGCUGAUAGCGAGAGAGAAUCUAAUUUCGUUAUGAAGGUGUUGUGGUGCAGCUUGAUGGUGGUCCUGACUCUUCGACAGGCUACCGCCGGAAUCGUUAGGAAGCCACCGGCCUUUGCAACACCAGUGUACUCGAACUCGUAUCUUCCCGCCGCUAUGCAGGUAAUUUUCCACGCGGUCGAGCAACUGAAGCUCGUCCAGUCGGAGGAAAUGCUGCUGGAGCAUUCAACAGCUAAACCCCUGCCGACGAUUCAAUCGAUGAAGCAUCAGCAACCGCAGUCGACGACGCCCAAAGCGACCUCCGCGAUUUCCACAGCUGCAACCACGGCGAUGCACAGCGAGGUGGCGGGGACUUCGUCUUCAAUUUCGCCUGCCAAUUUCGUGACCAAGGUAUCGAGUCACGGAUCGUCCGAGACCUAUGACGACCUGACGAAGACCGUCCAACGCAUGGAGGCGUCGACUGCGAGUGUUCCAGCUUCGUUCGACCACGAAGAAUCGCCCGAGGAACUGAAUCAGGAAGUAUCGGAGGUGAGCGAGGGGAAUAAGACCCCGACGAACGAGAAUGCUUUUAGCGGGACGCCGGAGAUCGAAAGUUCGUCGGACGACGAUGCGUCGCCGCAACGAUCAACGCAGGCGACCGUCUCGGGAACGCCGGACGAUUCGAAAAGAAAGGAACCGACCAUCGAUAGUAUCGUGGACGAAAUUUACGUAAUCGUCAGGCCAACGAUGUCCCCGUUAAUCGAGGAUUCGAACGUCACCGACAAAUCCAAGGGCAUGACCGGUAUUUCAAUCGAGAAGAUGGAGAACAUUGAGGACGAGGAGGAAGAGACGAGGUUUACUUUGCUGGGCGAGAAAGUGGCUCAAGUGCCGAGACCGAGCUUAAACAGUUAUUUGAGGCGUACUAAAGUACCACCUACUUAUGCACUUCAGCAACUUGCGGAUCUGUACGAUGCUCUUAGCAAGGACGCGCGUAAACAAGGGUUAGCGCGUUAUACCGGCUACUCUGACGAUGUCCUGAAGGUCCUGCAGUCGUCCGCCGAGGGAGGCGUCGGGCCGCAGUUGAAGUCACUUUUAGAGAAAGUGAUCGAGCGAAACGAACUUACCAGAGACGACGCGAAGACUAAGACAGCGAAGGCGCUGCGAGAUCUCGACAAUCCUGCGAGCCCGCUCAACAAGGAUCUCAGACGCCUGUUACCUUUGCGUUACAUGGUUUAAUUCCUCGAAAAGCGAUCCGCUUUUGUAAUUUGUUCUUGUAAUUUUUUCAAAUAAAAAUGAAAAAUUUUCAUAUGUAA